UUGAUUCACCACCUGGUCCAUUGCAGGAUGGACAUGCUUCUCUUGAGUUGCGAGGGGAAUUUGAGCUGUCAAUUAUGAUUGUAGAAGAGUGCAACCACUCAGAUGAUAGGCUUGACCCUCUCUUGUCCUAAUGGGGUUUUGAGUACAACCCUUUAUGGCAAGUAAUGUAGAGUAAUGGUGAAGUCUGGGAGGGCUGCAGCAAGGCAGACACUUGUGUUUGUAGACGGCAACCCACAGGCAAUCAAGCCCAGAUUGAUGGUCUACUGACAAUUUGGAGUGUAAGGCAUGUCAAUUAGCAGACAUAAAAUUUUAAUCUGCUCUUUUCAUAUUCUCAAACUGCUCGCAUGACCAAUAUGGCACCUUGUCAAAAUCUGUCUCCGUAUCGUAAGAUCCAUCCAUUCAGAGGGUGUGUCACUUUCAAUCAUCUACAGUAUUAGAGUAGCUGCACUUUCUUUGUAGUUAAUGACACUUAUCAAUGGUGGGGGAAACCGUUUUGGAUGUAUGUUGAGGUCCCGUCGGGGACUGCAGUGACUUGUGGGAAGAUGACCUGAUUUCUAAUUUUCUCUCCUGCUUGCGCUGUGGACUCUACGGCUGCAAACACAAGAGGCAUAGCAAAGGAGGAAGGCAGUAUGAUUGGGACUGGAUCUAUUUGGAUUUUGUUUUCCAAUUUUGAUGGAUGCAUGUGUGGCUGAAGUUGCUUUUCAAAACAUUCAGGUGAGCAGCCAUGGCUAACCUGCAGCAGGAAUACCCUGUAGUCCUCUUGGGGAUCUUGGAAGAACUGGCCAAUAUGCGUCAGUGGUUAACCUUCCAGGACCUUUGUCGGAUGGUCAGCACCCGCUUUGACUUAGAGCACCUCAUCGAGCUCAGGAGUUUGUUGUUUGCUGCUGCUAGCCGGGACCCCUGUUUUCCAGCUACUCUCUUUAGGGAUCGUGUUUCCACCAGGGGACAGGGGUUGUCACCGAUAGGUGUUGCUGCUGACAUUGUGACAAUCUUUAAUCUUAUUCAGAUGACAGGCGGGGGCACUGAAUACAGCCAACCAACGAGAGCUCAGGCAGUCCUGCCUGUGGACCAGUCUUCAGGUCCCAGUCUGCCCGGGAUCCACCAGCUGAACAUUCCUGGCAAGGAGAGGACACGCGCUCACUCGGACUCCAGCGCAAGCCUUAUUGGCAAGCAUUUGCUCUUUCCACGUUCCAAUUACUCAGUGCGCAAGCGAGGCAGUCUUCCUCCCGAUCCUGUCUCACUUGUAUCGCCCCCUCCCAUCAGGACACGGGCUGUGUCUUUCGACUUGCCUCACACCACACUUUUGUACUCCACCAAGUAUACUCCCAGCAAGACCAUGAAGGAUAUUUACUUGCCUUUGGAAACAGACAGUGAGUCAAGUGGUGAUUCAGCUCCAGCUGAGGUGUUUGAAAUGGAACAGGAGUCAACAGUGGAUCAGAAGAGAAACAUCUUUAAGAAGGACUUCCACAACCAGCCGCCACUCAUACCACAGGUGACCGUCCACAGUGAGUCUCCCAGUCCUCAAGCGGAAAAAGGCUUUGACAAUCAGAACUUUGAAAUUAUCCCUAACCCUUACCCUUCGCCCACCACAGUUCAACAGUCUCCAGACCAGCAAACGAAGCAUGAAAGUCUCGAUGACCUGCAGGAUUCCACUUAUUUCGGACCUGGAUCAAUCCCAGAGCGAUCUCCUAAACACUUGCAGCCUCCCAGGAGCCAGAGGCCCAUCUGGAGUAACAAGAGUCACAGUCUGGAGGACCGAAUCAGCCCGGCUCACUUUGGUAUGAGUCCUGAAUCUCGUGGCAUUAAAGUACCUUGGCGAUCAAGGCCUGCUAUAAGCAAACUGGGGGGUUCCUUGGGAGGUGAGAUUGGGGACAUUGAAUUUGAUGGGAUGAAGGCUCAAGGAACCCAAACUGAUCUUCCGGACACCAUGCGUCUCCGUAGUUUGGUCCAUGCUGACCGCCUGUCCUUCAUGACUUCAUUAGAUGAUCCAGAUUUUGCUGAUGAUGACAUUAGCGCCAUCUUCCGCUUUUUAGAUGACAUAAGCAUGUGUGGGUCCACAGGAGUCCUGCACCCUAAUGAUGGGUCUGGGGCACUCAACCAGGACACCCCAGAGGCUAGACGGGGCCGCCUAGGCCAACUGCAGAGGCUUUUCCAUUCUCUGGAAAGCAGCGAUGAUGGAUUAAAGGCCAGUGUUUGUAAGGUGCUGCUCCGGAUGAGCCAGAUAGAGCGGCAGUUGGAAUCUCUGAAUGAUGUUAAAGCGGAGAUCUCCCAGGUGUUGUCUGCUUUGCAGCGGCUCGAUGAAAAGAUCCCGCAGCCGGGUGUUGCUAGUGGACAAAGCGGCAGCGGCCGAUGGCUGGAACCCCUUAGCGGUGUUUCGUCUUUCAUGAGCCAUCCUGUUACCCCCUCUGAGUUAUCUGAGCCUCAGCCUCUGUCUGUAUCAGAGCAUCUCUUUCCUGCAACUAGCACUAAUAGUCUGGACUGGAAUAAAUGGAACACUCCUGGGGAGCAAACAGAGAUCAGCAAAUGUCAAGGUGACCUGAAAGUGGGGAAAGACAGGAAGAAAGAUACACCUUCUCUUCGUGCCUCAAAAAAUGAGCCUGAGGAGAGAAGACCUUCUGAUUCCAAGCAAGUGAAUGUAUCAAGCAUGGCAAAAGACUGGAUGGUGUCUUUCUCAAAAAUUAAAUGUGGCAAAUCUUCACAUGGAAAAACUGAGCAGAAAGACCAGUCAAGCAGAACUGCAAAACUUCUCUCCCAGAAGUCAUCCAGCUUGGUGGAGCAAGUGUUUAGCUCGUCAUUGUUUGGCAACAAAGAAAGCAACCUGACUGGUGGCCUCAGCGCCGGGAAGAUUAUGGAGCCCAGACUGGCUGAAGGGAUGGGAAGAGCCAUCUGGACCGUUGACGACCGAGAGGGACGGCUCUCCCCUUUUGAUUUACAGGCCCGUGAUUCUCUGAACCCUAACAACAUGGAGUUCUGGAUGGACGACAUCUACACUCCAGGCUAUGAUGCUCUUCUCAGGCGUAAAGAGGCUGGCCUCCGCCGGGCCAAAGUUUGCAAGUUGUUGGCACUCAUUACUGCUGCGCUGGCUAUCAUUCUCAUCGUUGUCAUUCCCAUUUGCACCAUGAGAUCAUGAGAGGUUGCUUUGAUUAAGUUUUGCACAUCUAUUCUCUGUAGCUUUGAACUACACGCCUCUAUCUGUGAAUGCUAAUCUGAAUUGUUUCUGAAAGAAGAAGCUUCAGCGAUUGUAAAGGCAGAGGAUCUGAACAGUAUUAAAGCAUUUUAUUAAAUUAUUUUUCCCCUAACGCAUGUUACAAACAUUGCACUUUUCUUUCCUUUGUAAAGGUACUGUAAAUUCAGUUUAAAAGGUUUCUCCUUGGCUGAUGCGGUGGACCGAACAUAACUACAUGUUAAAUACAUGCCUACAUGUAUUAGAAUGUCUGUAUGAAAUACUAUAACGUAUUUAAUACUGAGCCAUUAUUAGAAAUAUAUGAAUGCCUUGACACGUCCGUCCUGAGAGCUCAGUAACCAUUUUUGUUUGCUUUUCCCAUGAAAAAUGACAGAACAGUCUCAUCAGCAUGAGUUUUGAACAUACAGUUUAUAUUUGUUUCAGUCUUAUCCUAUCUUAUCUUCAUCUAAACUAUGACAAGUUAAGAAUGCAAGUAUUAAAUCUGCACAGGGAGUAUAUUUUUUUUGUGGUGUCAGGUUUCAAGAGGCGAACGUCUUGCUGCUGAUGAUUUGGUGAUAAGGAAGGGAAGAGGAAACAUUUGCCAGGAAACUCUCUCUUAGUGGGAGUUUCCAUUUGUAAUUCAAUAAAUGGGCUGUUUGCAUCCUAGCACAUUAGAUUUACCCUCUACUCACCCGGCCAAAGUUUUUCCCAACAUGCUGACUCAAAUUACAAUUUCAUUUAUCCUCCACUCAGAGAUGAAUGUGUUUUUACUGUGGCGUGAAGGUCACUUUUGCUAAAGCUCCCUUUAAACCCAAAAAACAUAGACUAAUGUUUGAUUCCAGGGUGUCAAGAAUGGUUAAAGUGGUCUAGAAAUGCAAUACAUGUAAAUCUGAAUUUUAUAAUUCUUCUGUAAUUGCUAUAUGAUUUGAAUCCAUGGUUUACCUGUUUGUAUGGCCAUGUCUUUACUUUGCAUUAUAAACACCUUAAUUUACUACUAGUUGAUCUUUGGAAAGUUGACAAAAUUUACUAUUUGUAAAUGUAUACUCUCACCCCCUUCAUCAUCAUCAUUUGAUGGACUUCCUUUCUGAGUGCUUUGGUGUGUCCAAUAUUUUUUUUUUUAAUUGAUACUAUGCAUAUCAGUGGGGUUUACAGUGUACAUUUCCAAAACAUGUUUUCUCUACCCAGACCUAAAAGGUUGCCUCUUGUUUUGAGUGCACAAAUAUCCACAGGGUGUAAUGAGAGUAUGUUUGCUUCGGUGUAUCCUCCUAAGUGGAUGUACAUCUGCCAUGUGUUACCCAUGAGAGUGUUUGUGGAUCCAUUAUCAACGUUGCUACUGAAGAGGUUGAAGCAUGUAGUCAGCACAAUUUGGAGGUGCUUUCUGUAAAACUUGCAUUACAGCCUCUUAUUACCCUUUGUUCCCCUGAGAUGCUUUCAUGAAAUCUAGAAAUUAUUGCAGUCUCAGGUAAAUAGUCAGGUCUUGUGAAUAAAAAACUAUGAAUAGACAUAGCAGUGAGUUGGUGGGUGGCAGUGCUUGGUGAAAUUAGCUCAUGUCGCCUGAAUGAAAACGACAAAGUGGGACAAUGCCUUUGCAGAAUAUUGUAUGAGUCAUAUGAAUAAUAAAACACGUGUGAAUGAAAAAAAUGUAUGAAGAAAUAGGUUACCAGUAUUAAAAGAUGUCCCCGCCCAUCCCCUCAUGUGUCCAUUUUCUAUACUGCUUAUCCUCACUAGAAUCGCAGGUGAGCUUGGAUGAGAGAC